UUUCAAACUACUUUAAAUUGGACAACGCUGCGGUCAGGUUUGCCCUUUGACCGACACUACAUCGAGCCUGUGUGCCGCUUGAGAGCCUCGAUAGCAUUGAUGCGUGCGCCAACCCCACAAUUGUCCCUCACAUCUUCCGUACCUUCGAGCAGGAAACAUGCGUUCAAGAAAAGAAAACUCAGCUAUAUUCAAUCGUCCACGCGCCACGACACAGGCUCGUGUCCCUCGAAGGCAGACCAAUCUACAACACCAAACGUACACAAAACCUCGACUUUGUCAUGCUCUUCAUGCCACCGUGUGUUAUCUGCAUCGAUGAGGUCUGGUGCAGGUGCAGGGGCAGGCGUAACUUGUGCAAGGUGUGGAUCAGCUGUAUGUGCUGUAUGUUCUCGCACAUGCUCCUCGAUGUUACGACAAUCCUCGUUCCCGCCAACGCCGGCAUUAACACGCUGUCCCUCUCUGUCAGGGUCGCCAUCACCGUCGCCUUCCGGAUCUCCCAAACGAGCCGCAUUGAGCCUAAAUAUCUCUACCAUGAACUGUAAUAUACUCCUCUCUCCAUCUUCCGGCAAGCGGAAGAAGCCUUCAGACAAGGAUGACGUCGAUGUAGACCAUCCUUCGAAAUAUCGAGGCACGCUUUUCGGCCCAGACGAUGGAGCUCUUCUUGUUCCUGGAUGUGGUCGACCUAUCUGCAGAACGUGCUGCGUGGAGAGUGUUCAGAACGAUGGGACUCUUUGUGUAGACUGUUAUGCCGUUGUUGGAAACGUGCUCUAGAACGAGGAACAAUCUAAUCAUGAGGAGCCUCUCAUGCUUUCCGGAGGACCUUUCGAGCCUACCGACAUAAUUUGCAUUGUCAAUGCUUUGCUUGCUUUCUUUGUUACUCAGAUUAUUACAAGCCACGGUGAUUCAUCAUAUUGUAUACUAUGCAUUCACUACCCUAUGUUCACAGCAUUUAUUACUUGAUGGAGCACGGAGACAUUUGGCGAAGCUUUGUGGUGUAGCACUGUUUAAUUGCGAGUUUAAUUGGUCUUACUUCAUUAUCCUGGAAACGGGCACGGUAGAUUGGAGAUGACGCAUGAAUGGAAUGUUGGCGUGCGGUGGAACGCAGAGUCCGU